CGCUGCACUAUUUAUACGCACUAUUUUUUUUACGUCUGAGGCGGGCGCGGCCAUUUUGCGUUGGCUAGAAGGAUUCUAAUUUUUAUCGCUUUCCAUCACACCUUCAAAGUUACCAUCUGCCUGUGAAAAAAUGGCAGCAGACAGAGAGGAUAGUGUUUAUCAAGCAAAGCUGGCUGAACAAGCCGAGCGAUAUGAUGAAAUGGUUGAGUCCAUGAAAAAAGUUGCCAAGCAGGGUACUGAGCUCACUGUUGAGGAGCGCAACCUUCUUUCUGUGGCUUACAAGAAUGUCAUUGGGGCUCGCAGAGCAUCAUGGCGGAUUGUGAGCAGUCUAGAACAAAAAGAUGAAGGAAAAGUUGCUGAGGAGAAACAGCAGAUCACAAAGGAUUACAGAAAGCAGAUUGAAAAAGAACUCAACGGUAUCUGCAAGGAUGUUUUGUCUGUGAUUGAUCACCACCUUGUUCCAAGUGCACAGACUGGGGAAUCAAAAGUCUUUUACUACAAAAUGAAGGGAGAUUACCACAGGUACUUAGCUGAGUUCGCUACAGGCAACGACAGGAAAGAAGCUGCUGAGAACAGUUUAGUGGCAUACAAAGCUGCGACAGACAUUGCUCUGACAGAUUUGCAACCCACACAUCCAAUCCGUCUGGGUCUGGCUCUCAACUACUCAGUAUUUUACUACGAGAUCCUCAAUUCCCCUGACCGCGCUUGCAGGCUGGCUAAAUCUGCUUUUGAUGAUGCCAUUGCAGAGCUGGACACAUUAAGUGAAGAGAGCUACAAGGAUUCAACUCUGAUAAUGCAGUUGCUGCGUGACAAUCUCACACUGUGGACCUCUGACAUGCAAGGAGAUAACGAAGGUGAACAACCGCAAGACCAAGUGCAAGAUCUUGAAGCAGGAGAGGAAGCAUCCUAAGGCUGUGUUGACUUAGCGUACUAUAAUUUGAUAUGAAUUAUUGUUUGUCAUUUUCUUACCAAAACUGCUACCAUAUGUGAAGAUCUUGGCUCCACCCCAGGUUUGUGACUGGGUGAAUUUUUUUUACAUUUUUUUUUCUCCCGUGGGUGGCCUGCGAAUGAAGUUUGUAUGGCCAUUUCCCUAUGUGGAUGACUUUUUGAAAGAGUAUGUGGUUGUUGCAGUGAUGAUUGUGGCAGUAGCAUUUGGCCCGAGAAUUAUCUGGCCUUUGGGAAAGUAGAAACAUGUCAUUGUGACUUGUCAUUCAUUGCCUCCAUUUUCCAUCUAUUCUUCCUCCCCACCCUCCUCCUAUAGUCUAUAAAUUUCAGCAAUAUUUUCAAUGUUUUCACAUUUGAUACUCUUGAGUUCGAAAUUAAACACCUGAAAAACCAAGUUUUAAAUCUUCAAGCUUGUUGUAGCUUGUACAUUCUAGAUUUUGUUUGGUCUUCUCAAAUUUAAAAUAUGAAGUGUAAUUUUAAACCUUUGUCUUGACAAGUGUGGUGUUCUUAUAGUCGUAAAAGGUUUGGUGCAGAAGAAAAAAAGUGAUGGCGAUAUUGUCGAAUGUGUGUGAAGUUUUGUUUGGUUACUUUUGUUUUUGUUAGCAGCCAGCUUCCUACCUGAGUUACUAAUUGUCGGAUUCAUCUUCAUGUACUUCAAACCUGUCAUUGCCAUACUCUUUGAGAAUGAUGCUUCUUUUCCUUUUCCAUCCCCUCUUGAAGCUAAGGUUACAAUUUUGUUCUGUAGGUACUUGUUUGCCUCCACUCACUAUGUCUCAUUGUUUCUUUGCAGCCCGUGUCCUGAUAUGAAUGAUACUGCAUGUGUGUAAAAAUGUUAUUGUCUGUACAGAUAGCUGUAUAAUAUAUGUAAAGAUGUGGUUUGACCACUUAGAACAAUUUUUUCAUUUCACCAAUGCACUUAUUGGCCCUUAUAUUUGAGGAUUUAAACAAAAAAGAAAACUUAAGUGACAAACUCGAACUUCAUGUUCCUGUGGAAGUGUUUACUGUGUAGGCCCUAAUUUCAUAGAUUAAAACCCCUUUUUUCCGCUGGGGUUUCUGGAAUCUGUUGAGAAGAUCAAAGGGAACAAGCAGGCUGAAUGCUUUCCUUGUUCACUGUCCAGGUGUGCCAAGAACGGAAGAAUGGAAUGAUCAAUGAGAUUUAAGUGAAUGGAAGACAAUGGGGUUCCUUUUUGUAUGAAAUACUUCUAAUCUUAUAAGCAGGACAGGUAUAAUGCAUAUUUGCUAACUUUUGUACUGUGACUGAUGCUGUGGAUUGUGUUUCGAGUACUUGCUGAGUGCUCAUAGCUUUGUGCACAAAGGAGGGAAGAUAGCAAAGAUUGCAUUGGACCAACGUGCGUCUUUCACUAAUGUCACUUUCCAUGUCAGCCGGCUUGGGCGUUUUACCAUAGUAAAUUAAUUAGGUGUUAUCAGUGUUUCUUUCGUUUAUCUUUCCCCAUUUAUAUAUCAAGUCUGUUAAUUUGAGAUAUGUAUCAUGGUAAAUAAAUACAUUACUCUUAAUUUAUAAUGACUUUAUAUAGUUGAACAUUUUUUUUACUUUUUUUUCUGGCUUUUAGUGAUUUAUGCGUACAAAUGAACAGUUUGCACUUGUAAUAGGUUUUGUCACUUAUGUUACGGGACUCUGAUCAUAUGUUCAAUCAAGUCUGCUGUGAUUUUCCCCCUCCCACACCCAUGACCUAUUCCCCAAGUAACACUUUGAAAACUCUCUGGCUUCUGUGUAACAGGUCAUUAACAUUCUUCCAGUUUUUCUCUGCUUCGUCUUAGUUGAAUAAAUGGGUUAUCUGGCCAGGAAAAUAUUUAGACUUUCAGCAUAAUCUCAUAGUUAAUCACUGAUUAAACAUAUCUUUGGCAUUCAGUGUGGACAAAUAUAUAUUACAUAUAUAUAUAUAUACAUGUGUAGCGAACUUUUUUCGUGUUGGGCCUCUUUGAGUUAAUUAGAUGUCCUGGAUCAGUUUGCUAUGAGGAGUGGGAUAUGUGGCACUUGGCUUCUUUUAAGUGUUGUGAUCACAUUUUACAUGUAGCCAUUGUGUCCGUAAUCUCUUCCCUAGUGCUCUAGAGCUACUUGCUUUAGGAGAAACCUGUGACAUUACACUGAUUGUCAUGCUUUUUAUCUUAAUUAAAUCUAUAUUCAAGUGCAAACUUC